AUAGCAUUGUGUUUAAAAUGGAAGUGGACAUAAAUGGAGAGUCCCGAAGUACCAUAUCCACCCUGCCUGUGCCUCUCGCAGAGGUGAGCGCUGCAGACAAGAGCGAUGCCGAGAAGCCCCGAUGCUCCAGCACGCCGUGCUCGCCAAUGCGGCGGACAGUUUCGGGCUAUCAGAUCCUCCAUAUGGAUUCUAACUAUUUGGUCGGCUUCACAACUGGAGAGGAGCUGCUGAAAUUAGCUCAAAAGUGUACAGGAAAUGAAGAGAGCAAAGGGGAAUCCGGGCCGACCUUGCGCUCCAAGCAGCUCGAUUCGGGACUCGCGCGUUCCUCCCGGUUGUACAAAACCCGAAGCAGGUACUAUCAGCCAUAUGAGAUCCCGGCAGUGAACGGGAGGAGGCGGAGGCGGAUGCCCAGCUCAGGGGAUAAAUGCACUAAGGCUUUACCAUACGAACCUUUCAAGGCACUACAUGGCCCCCUGCCUCUUUGCCUUUUGAAAGGUAAAAAGGCUCACUCUAAAUCCCUGGACUACCUCAAUUUAGACAAAAUGAGCAUCAAGGAACCUGCUGACACAGAAGUGCUACAAUACCAGCUCCAACACCUCACCCUUAGAGGGGACCGUAUGUUUGCAAGAAAUAACACAUGAACUCGGCUCCGGAAUUUAGAAUCCCUUUCUGGUUAUUUCUCCGUUGCUGCAAAAAUCCACUGUUGUACCGUGUACAUGACUGUCCACAUCGUAGGUGGUUGUAUCAGCUCAGUGUUACCAGAAAGUAAUUUAUUUGGCUAGAAUUCUGAUAAUGCGUUGUGCUCCAAGCGCUUGGAGGGCACUACAUCCUUCCAGAGCAAGCAGCUUCUGAUUCAAACUUGACUGUGGCUGGUGGAUAUUCCUUUGGACACCUUUUAACAAAGAAAAAGCUUUGGGGGUUUUGAUUGGUUUUGGGGGAGCUGGGUUUUUUUGUACAGUUAGAUCUAGUAUUUACAGUAAUUUAACACUGAAAAAUGGUGAUGUCUGCUUGGUUGUUGCUCAUUUUGGCUUGAUGUUAGAAACUGCUGUUGGAUAAGUGCUCAAGUUACCUUCUUGUUUCUUCCUGUGUUCUACAGUACAAUGUACGUAUGCUUUCUUUUCUCUUUUAUUUAUUUUUUUUUAUUUUUUAUUUUUUUUUUUUUUACGUAACAGGAAGGAAUGUGAACUUGGCAAAAUUAGAUCACUUACUGUUUAAACAAUCCAGUUCAAACACUUUGUAACUGGGCGUGCACUGGUGAGGGGGAAAUUCACUCAUAAAAUAUACCUUUGAUCAUUUCCUACUUUAGGUCUAUUAAGUUAUUUUUUUAGUAUCUGCAUG